AUAUAAGGCUUCCAGAAUCAAAUGUUCAGAACCUCACUGGACCACUGCACACUAUCUGAUCAAAAUGAAGAUCGCAAUUUGCGUAUUGGUUACCAUCUGUACCGCUGUAAGCGCCUCCUAUAAAGGAUAUGGUGGAUACGGCUCAUACGGAGGAGGUGGUGGUGGAUAUGGUGGAGGUGGAUAUGGAUAUGGAGGAUAUGGUGGAGGUGGAUACGGAGGAGGCGGUGGUUAUGGAGGUUAUGGUGGUUACUUAGGAGGAGGUGGAGGAGGAGGAUAUGGAGGAGGUGGAUAUGGGGGAGGAAGAAAUGUCUUUGUUGUAAGACUUACAGGAUACGGUGGAGGUGGAUAUGGAGGAGGUGGAUACGGAUAUGGAGGAUAUGGUGGAGGAGGUGGAUAUGGAGGAUAUGGUGGUAACGGAGGUGGUGGAUAUGGUGGUUACUAUGGAGGAGGUGGAGGUGGAGGUGGAGGUGGAGGUUAUGGAGGUUAUGGUAGUUACUAUGGAGGAGGUGGUGGUGGAGGCGGUGGUUAUGGAUAUGGAAAGGGCAAAGGAUAUUAAAUGCAGACUCUAAUCGAAAACGGACAUCUCACGAAUGAUAUUGUUUUUUUACAUUUCUGUUAUAUAAUAUAAUCUUUGCAUCCAA